AUGGACGGAGGCCAGCCAGCCCAGAAGGAAAAAGUUGUGCUGAAGAAGAAAGUGACACUUUUGAGAGGGAUAUCCAUCAUCAUUGGCACUAUCAUUGGAGCUGGCAUCUUCAUCUCUCCCAAAGGCAUCCUGAAGAACACGGGCAGUGUUGGCAUGUCCUUGACUGUCUGGACAGUGUGUGGCAUCCUCUCGCUCUUCGGUGCCCUCUGCUAUGCUGAACUAGGAACAUGCAUUAAGAAAUCUGGGGGUCACUACACCUAUAUCCUGGAGGCCUUUGGGCCACUACCUGCUUUUGUGAGAGUCUGGGUUGAAUUACUCAUCAUUCG